CACAAGUCACAAUUCUCCCUCAUCUCACAAUGGUUUCUCAUUACUAUCUUGCCUCUCUUCUUCUGCUACUGCUGCUCAACCCACACACCACCCUGGGAGCGCAGAACCUCAUGCUACCCUACCAUAACGGCGCCCUCCUCAAAGGAACCAUUACCGUUAACCUCUUAUGGUACGGCAGCUUCACCCCAAUCCAACGCUCCAUAAUCCUCGACUUCAUUAACUCGUUAAGUUCCACCGCGGGGGCCCCACUUCCCUCCGUAGCAUCGUGGUGGAAGACCACGUACAAGUACAGGGGGGGAUCCACUACAAUCGUCCUAGGGAAACAAAUCCUAGAACAAACUUAUUCCCUCGGAAACUACCUCAACGGAACACAACUAGUCUCUCUCUCCUCACGCUUCGACCACCUCAACGCCAUCAACGUCGUUCUCACAUCUAGCGACGUAGGGGUCGACGGCUUCUGCAGGAGCCGAUGUGGGACCCACGGGUCCAUUACUAACGGGCAGAAGGCCCGUAUACCGUAUGUUUGGGUUGGGAACUCCGAGGCCCAGUGUCCGGGGCAAUGCGCGUGGCCCUUCCACCAGCCCGCUUACGGCCCACAGGCACCGCCGUUAAUUGCGCCUAACGGCGACGUCGGGCUUGACGGGAUGGUUAUAAACGUAGCCACGCUUUUGGCGGGAACCGUGACGAACCCGUUCAACGAGGGGUUCUAUCAGGGUCCUCCCACGGCGCCGUUGGAGGCUGUUUCGGCCUGCACGGGGAUUUUCGGGAGCGGGGCAUAUCCAGGUUAUCCGGGUCGGGUUCUGGUGGACAAGACGACGGGGGCGAGCUACAAUUCGUACGGCGCCGGGAACGGAAGGAAGUACCUCUUGCCGGCCAUGUGGGACCCACAGACCUCCGCAUGCAAGACGCAGGUGUAAACAAAAGACUUGGGUCAACGUGUAAAUUCUUGUUUUCUACAUAGUCAAUGUUUUAGCAUAUUGAUAUCAAUAAAUUGUGGAAAUAGAAUAUUAUUACUUUUAUUUAUAACUUUUGAGAACAAGAAUGUUUGACCUGUACAUGUAUUAUUAUUUUUGAUUAAGAGUUGUUCGU